CCCACCGCUCCGGGUCUCGUAUUCCUCUACACAGCCUACGCAGUCUGCAACAAUGCCAUCUACGCGACUCAAGGGCCACGAGGCAUCCGGACCGCAAUCCCAAUCGUGGGAGGCAACUUCACCGGUCCCAGACUGGCCGGAAAAGUGUUGCCCACGGGUUCAGACUGGGGCCUAACGGAUCCACAGACGGGAAUCUUUUCGGCGGACACAAGAUACAACCUUCAGACAGACGAUGGGGCGAACCUCUUUUUGCAGACGAGCGGCCCGAGCACCGCCAGUGGCAGUUUGCAUUUGAGAGUGGUGAUCGAGACGGGAGAUAAAGCGUACUACUGGCUCAACAACAUCGUCGGUAAG